GAGGGCAAGGAUUGGCUGGCUUUGGAUGUUAGGGUGGCUCGGCUUGUCACGUGGUGUGCGCUGUUUUCUUAUCACGUGGCUGUCGCCCAGCAUAGGCUGCAUGAGGGGGGUGCGGGCUCCCGCAAUCCUGCUCGGCGGAGGGGCCACUCUGCUCCUGUCGCUUCUUUGGAUGCCAGCACUGCUGCCCGUGGUCUCCCGCCUUCUGUUGCUACCCCGAGCCCUGCUGUCCAUGGCUUCAGGAAGCUCCCCGACCCAGCCCACGCAGGCCUCGGGCUCCGCCUAUGUUCCCGGCUCGGUCUCUGCAGCCUUUGUCACCUGCCCCAACGAGAAGGUCGCCAAGGAGAUCGCCAGGGCUGUGGUGGAGAAGCGCCUGGCAGCCUGUGUCAACCUCAUCCCUCAGAUUACAUCCAUCUAUGAGUGGAAAGGCAAGAUUGAGGAGGACAGUGAAGUGCUGAUGAUGAUUAAAACCCAGAGUUCCUUGGUUCCAGCUUUGACAGAUUUCGUUCGCUCUGUACACCCUUACGAAGUGGCCGAGGUGAUUGCACUGCCGGUGGAGCAGGGGAACUCCCCAUACCUGCACUGGGUGCGCCAGGUUACAGAAUCAGUGCCUGACUCUGGCACAGUCCUACCAUGACAAGCCUUUGCUCUUGCCAGGUUCCCCUUCAGUGCCCUCUGACUUUCAGGCCAUGACUGGAACCUUAAUAAACCCUUAGUUCUCUC